UAAUUUGAAUUAAACAAACGAAUACGUAACAGAGAGAUUUAUUUUUUGGUGGCAGCGGUGGGAUACGCUUCCACAGAGGAUUAAAGUUAUUACGAUUAUCGAUAAAAUAUAUAACUAAGAAAUAAUGGCUACUAAAUUAGAAUCAUUGGACAAAGACAUGAUCUUGAUGUUAUCGGAAAAACUUAAAGCAUGGGAUGCGAAGUUUCGCGACAUUAGUACAAAAAUGAAUAAAUUACAAGAAGAUGUGCGUUCACUGAAAAUAAAAAAAGAAAUCAAGACACCCGUAUCAUCGCCGAUAAUUUCCCAAGCGACGAUACCGAUAGAAGUUAAUCCCCAACCAAUUAAGUUAAAAGAUGCAAUAGAGACAGUACCAGUGUUCGACGGACAUCGACCCUCGGUAUUUCGAUUUUUAAGAGCAUGCGAGUGUCACGUAAUUUUUAGGGUUGGUUGGUGGGAAUAA